AUGAUGGCGGAACGGCAAUUGAUUUUGAAGAGUUGGGCACAUUCUCCCAUCGCCGUUGAAGGCACAAGACGAUUUGAACCAAGGGCUUUCUUUCCACCCCUCCCCUGUCUCAGAGUGCAGCGACUGGCUGACGAGCACCUCAUUUGCCGACGGAGGCUUUCUUUCGGGAAGUGGAACCCUACAGUGGACGGGGCGAGGAGUCGCGUUGAAGUGCACUACAGUCCAUUGACUCCAUACCGCCUGCUCAGGUAUCAGAGAGGGUCAGAUUGCCAGGCUGGACUGGGCAGCCGUUGGUUGACAGGUUUCGAAUUUGUGUCUCGUCCAAUGGGUCUCCUGAUCGACAGCUACUGCUAG